GCCAUUAGGGAUUAGAAAGUAAUCCCACAUGCUCGCAUUGUGCAUGCGCAAAAUGAGGUGAGUGAGCGUCGGAAGGGGACCAUCUUCACUUAACUCAUCGACAAACUGCCUUCAGUCACUAUGUCUCUUCUUCACUUUGAGCAUCCAGGGAUGAAUUGAUCAACCCAUCAAGGGUUGGCGGUGACCUGUGCUUCUCUGCAGUACAUGAAGCUGGCAAGGCAUCGAAGCCAAACCUCAUUGUUUUUUCACACAAUUAAACAUGAGCGGGACAGGCUGAACAGCACUCACUGAGUCCUCCAAUACUGAUGUGGUCUCAGUGGUGGAUAACCACUCGAGCUUACAAACAGCAAGAGCUCACUUGACAUGUCCGUGAUUGGGUCACCAGCAGGAUGUCGGAAUGUGAGCUGAUCGAGCUGAAAGACCUCAGUGUAAAUGAUCCCAUUGAGCUGGCGGCACCUCGGCCACACAUCGCUGCAAAUCAGGCCGGUCACUUCCACAUCGUCCGUCUGGUCGGGGACACCGUCAGCAUCGAGGUCCCGUCCGGAGAAGUCGGUGUAGGUCACGACUUCCAGCCCUACGGUCACACUCACCUCACCUGGUGUGACUUGUGUGGAGAAUUCAUCUGGGGUCUUUAUAAGCAGGCCUUACGCUGCACCAAUUGCAGCUACACUUGUCACCACAGAUGCCGACCGUUCAUCCAGCUGGACUGUAGCGCGGAAAGAAGUUUGCCAGCAGGGCAGGUGGAUUUCUCCGUCGAAUCCAUCGAGACGGACACAAAUGUGGAUGAGCACACUGACUGGCGCAAACAGGAGUUAAGUGUUGGCGAAGUUCAUCAGAAGGUCAAGGAGUACAAUGCUCAGAUCAACAGCAAUCUCUACAUGGGGGUGAAUAAAGAUGGUUCCUACACUGGCUUCAUCAAAGUCCACUUUCAGCUUGUCCGUCCAAUCACCCUGCCGCCUCCUCAGAGCCCAACACAGGAGGAGUACGAGCACGGCCGGCGGCUGACACGACGGACAUCGUUCUACCUCCCCAAAGAUGCUGCGAAGCACCUGCACAUAAGCUCCCAAACACGGGUAAGAGAUGUCAUUGAGGCCUUGCUCAAUAAGUUCACAGUGGUGGACAACCCGGCCAAGUUUGCCCUGUUUGAGCGCACCGACAGACAAAACCAGGUGUCCAUGCGGAAACUGAGCGACGAUGAGCAUCCCCUCCGUCUACGAUUAUGUGCAGGACCAAGUGAAAAAGUCUUGAGUCUGGUCCUCAAAGAGAAUGAGACUGGGGACGUGAAUUGGGAUGCAUUCAGUUUUCCUGAGCUGUGCAACUUCCUGCGAAUUCUGCAGCGUGAGGAAGAGGAGCAUGUCCGGCAGAUUGAGAGGCGCUACACUCGUACCAGGGACAUGAUGAAGCAAGCCAUGGCGAGGAUUACUGCUCGUGCUUGACUUUUGGGAAAAUAAGCAUUGAGAAACAAAGGGAAAUUUAUCAGACUUGGAAAUGUUUUAAUAAAGUUUAUUAAAAUGGCAGGGAGACUGAAUAUUAAACAAUGUGAAUUGUUUCUUUGUCACACAUGCCAGUGUGAAUAGUUUAAUUGAAUUCCUGUAUUUCCUGAGAAUUAUGCUGCUUUGGUUAGGUUAUUUAUAUUGAGUCCAAAAGCACAUUUAAUGUGUAUAAAUUAGCUUCUGGUAGUUUUUGUUUAGAAUCUAUACAACACUCCUUAAAAUAUGGCACUUUGGAGAACCUGUGUAAAUGUGUGUUUGUGUUUAUACUUUAGUCUAAUUAUAUAAUAAAUUUAUG